CUUCGAAGCAAGGGGCCCCGGCAGACCGUCUUGCACGGAAACCAGCGGGUGCUCCGGGUCUCAGCUCCCAGACGCGCUCGUCGCUGGGUGCGGUCUGCUCGCGGGCUCGGCCCUGCACGUUCUGCCGUGGAGUUUGACGUUUCUCCCCCACGCCUGGAGUGCCGCAGCCCCUGGAAGCAGACCAUGGAGGCCCCGCUGGCACUGGCCCGGCUGCCCCCUCACGACCCGAGCACGCCGGCACUGUCGGUGGUGGACAUGCACACAGGCGGCGAGCCUCUGCGCAUCGUGCACGCCGGGUGUCCGGACGUGGCGGGGCCCACGUUGCUGGCCAAGCGGCGCUACAUGCGUCAGCGCCUCGACCACAUACGGCGGAGGCUUGUGUUCGAGCCCCGCGGCCAUCGGGACAUGUACGGGGCGGUACUGGUGCCCAGCGAGCUGCCCGACGCGCACCUAGGCGUCCUGUUUCUGCACAACGAAGGCUACAGCUCCAUGUGCGGCCACGCGGUGCUGGCGCUGGGCCGCUUCGCGCUCGACUUCGGACUGGUGCCCGCUCCCCCAGAAGGUGCCGGGGAGGCCCGGGUCAACAUUCACUGCCCGUGCGGGCUGGUGGCUGCCUUCGUGGCGUGCAAAGGUGGCCGGAGCUGCGGCCCUGUACGCUUCCACAGCGUCCCGGCCUUUGUCCUGGUCGCAGACCUCGCGGUGGAUGUUCCUGGACACGGAAAGGUGGUGGUGGACAUUGCAUACGGUGGAGCGUUUUAUGCAUUUGUUAGUGCAGGGAAAUUGGGGCUGGAUGUGUGUUCCGAGAGGACGAGGGACCUUGUGGAUGCAGCAACCGCAGUAACACGCGCAGUGAAAGCUCAGUUUAAAAUUAAACAUCCUGAGAGUGAAGAUCUCAGUUUUCUGUAUGGAACCAUCUUGACGGACGGAAAGGAUGCUUACAGUGAGGAGCCCACCACCAACAUCUGCGUGUUUGCAGAUGAACAGGUGGACAGAAGCCCUACCGGCUCAGGAGUGACGGCACGAAUUGCUCUGCAGUAUCAUAAGGGCCUUCUGCAGCUGAACCAGACCAGAGCUUUCAAAAGCAGUGCAACCGGCUCAGUGUUCACGGGCAGCGCUGUGAGGGAAGCGAAGUGUGGUGACUUCAAAGCCGUCAUAGUGGAAGUUGCAGGACAAGCCCAUUACACGGGGACAGCAAGCCUGACCGUGGAAGAGGAUGACCCACUGAGGGAUGGCUUUCUUCUCAAGUGACCUUCCCCAGAAGUUCUAAGGUGUUCUCUUUGAAAGAACUUUUCUAUAAGUGAGGUUUUUCUCUGUAUGUGAAAAAACAGUAUCCAUUUAUACAUACAGGCUGAUUUUUACACUUUUUAAAGAUAGUACACUAUGGCAAAGUUAUACUUCCUCGUUGCAACCCUCUUGAGCAUACAGAGUUCUAGAAAUUUACAAACCUUUUAGUCAUUAGUGUACAAGGCAAAAGUAAAACAUAGCUGCCCAAACUAUGCUAUGGAAAUGACAAUACUUGUCACUUUCUUUGAAUGAUAGCUUCAGCUAUAGAUCACACAAUAAUAUACUUUGUGAUUUUGUUAUUUUUAAUUGUACCAAUUGGAAUAAAAUAAAGUCCUCCACGAGAAGCA